ACGACCGGAUGAAGCUGCCCAGCCCCAACGACAGCAAGUUCUUCCAGAGCCUCCUGGACGAGGAGGAUCUCAACGACCUGAUGGACGCCGAGGAGUAUCUGGUGCCUCAGGGCUUCAACAUGGCUCCACAGUCGUAUAACACCCGGCCUCGAGUUGACUCCAACAGAAACCAGUUUGGCUAUCGAGACGGCGGCCCAAAUCCCGCAGAGGGCCCUGUGAUGGGCGCCCAAGCCGGAGUGAACCAGGAGGCAGCGAGUGGCUCCGCCGCAGCCCUGGAGGACCAGCGCUGCAAUGGGAGCCUGCAUAAAAAGAGCCUGAGCCAGACUGCUGGCGAGGACAGCGGCGGCCAGAGGUACAGCGCUGACCCCACCAUCUUCCUCGGGGAGAGGACGUCCAGAGGGGACACAGACGAGGACGGAUACAUGACCCCGAUGAAGGACAAGAGCUCCUCAGAAUACCUGAAUCCGAUCGAGGAGAACCCGUUUGUCUCGCGGCGCAAAAACGGCGAGAUCCACGCCCUGGACAACCCGGGCUACCACAGCACACCCAACAGUCUGCCCAAAGGAGAGGACGAGUACAUCAACGAACCCCUUUACCUCAACACCUUCCACAGCCCGGCCGAUCUGGGCCUGGAAGCUCUGAGGAGAAAUGGUCUCCCUCUUCCCGCCCAGGCUCCGUCCAUCUCUGCCGCCACCUCAGGCUCCCACCUCCCUCUCAGCAUCCAGACCAGCCUGCCGCACUACCCCCUCCCCUCGGCUCAGCCGUCUCCAUCUGGCUUGUCAUGCCUCCACGGCCCGCCGGCCCACAUCCUCCAUGCCCACCACACCGGCAAACCUGCAGGUCAGCCUGGUGGCGUCUCCACCGCUCCGAGCCAAACAGGAGCGUCUGCCCAACCCCAGUUGUGCCAGUCGAUUGCCCUGUCCACUGCGGCCACGAUCGGGCACAGCAGCCUGCCGGCGUACCAGAGCCACGGAUCCACACACCCUGCCAGCAUGCUGAAGCACGGAGGCCACAUGUCAGCAGGUAAAACCAGCGGGAAGAAGCUCAAGGUGACCUUUGACAAUCCAGAGUACUGGCAGCACAGCUUGCCUCCCAAACCCUCGAACCAGGCGGCACCUGACGGCGCCCAGGGUGGUUCCACCAACGCCAAACUCUUCUACAAGCAGAACGGACACAUACGGCCGGUGGUGGCCGAGAACCCUGAAUACAUGACAGAGUUCUCCCUGAAAGCCGGCACCGUCUUGCCCCCUCCUCCGUACCGACAGCGGAACACUGUGGUCUAGAUCGUUCGACGUGACGAACCUGCGUUCCGUAAUCCGUUUCUAGCCUCCGACAACCCCAACAUCCUCUCCGGCUCCACCGUCCCACUCGGAGGGGAGCACAACGCAACCAGAGCCGCCACCCGACUCGUUUCAAACAGUGCCAUCUGCCGUAGACUGUAGCAACAUCAGGAGGAGGUGGAACCAAGCAGACCCAACUAACACGGCUUCACUAUAUCCAGUCCAUUCCCGUUGUGUAGAUAGAGACUCCGAGUCACCGAGGACGUGAAGACGAAUAACAGGCGAGUUACUGUCACACAGCAGCGGACGUUAAGUAUCGUGUUGUCCUGGAUUCAACUGCGGACCUGAACUCACUGCCAGCCACUGUGGUGUCACAUUCAUCAGAGGAAACAGAAGUUUUCUUAUUUUCUGUCGUAAAGACGCUGAACAUUGUUCUGUUCAGGGUUUGUGACGUUGUUGAAAACGUUCCGUCAUCUGUCAGAACGUCUGGUUUCGUGAAUGAAACAGAAACAAAGUCAGAGAAACAAACGACUCCAGGAAGCGUCAAUGACUUUUUUCAGAUAACACUGUUCGUUCUUGAGUUUACCGUCGACACUCACCUCAUGUUUCUGCUGUAACUGUGAUUCUGUGACGGCCAAAACUACAGUGAUCGCUCCUCGACCGCGUGUGACCCGAACAAACACACGGGGACGAAUGCUCGACUCGAGAGAAUGAGCCAAAGGGUGUGAGGGAAAAAAUACACUGUAAACAUUGUUCUAUAUACACUGGUCCCCGGGGGGGGGGGGGGGGUUUCCUGCUCAGUCAUGAUGUUAAAUGAGUAACGAGCGUCUUGCCAUGUGAGUGGGAGGGAAGAUGUCUCUGCUGAAGCGCGUCCGUUAACUCAGAGAGGCGACGACAGCGACAGAGUGAGGGAGAAUCUACGAAGAGACGAUGAAGACAGCACCAGCACGGAGAAGAAGCAGACCACUGAUGUGUGUGUGUCGGUGUGAGUGUGCAUGUUGUGUGUGUGUGUGUGUUCAGACCUGCACAUUAUUAAACCGUUGUUAUCGUUAUAAUCACAGACAGAGGUCAAGAACACGACCCCCGUUGUCAUUAGACUUUUAUGUUCAUAGACACAGUUGCUGCAAAUGAUGUAGCUUCAUUUUUUAGAACAGGAG